UUUCGUCUACAACGUUGAGGAACGUGCUCGGUAGCGUGUAUAUGUGUGUGUGCAGAAAACAAAGCGCAGCAAAUGCUCAAAAAGCCAAGUUGAAAAUAGCUCAGCUAGCGCUCUCCUGAACUGCCGAUUUCUUCCUUACAAGUUUGCUUCAUUCACAUUGCUGUGAUGGCAACUCCGAGGGAGCGCGCGCUGGUCGCGAAGUCGUUGGUGUUGAUGUUACAAACACUGCGAGGCCGACAGACUACGAUUGAACUGCGCAACGAACUGAGCGUCUGGGGCACCGUUGAAAGUGUGGACGCGUUCAUGAAUGUGGACGUGAGCAAUGCAACUGUGGUCGGCCCCAAUGGCGAGGAGAACUACGCAAGCUUCUUUGUACAAGGACGCCAAGUACGCUACAUCCACAUACCAGAUGACAUCGACAUGGCAGCUUCACUCCAGUUGCAGGACACGCGGGCACGGCAAGAUCCGGAAGGACCCGUGUCGACGGUUGUCAUCCGGACACGACUACUACGAGAGAAGAUUCGGCGGCAAAAGCAGGACAAGCUUCUGCGCAGCACCGAAUCCUCCAAAGAACCUCGCUAGAAUGCCCAACAAACUCUGGCUGCUGACUUUUGCCAAUUAAAUGGAAGAAUAGUACUCAUCUUUAACCUUCAUGGACAUUUCCAACUGUUAUGUACCUGCAUACUAAAUGUGAAAAAUGGGAAUUGCUGAGUUUCAAGUUUUGAUGUGUUUACUGCAUAAAUUCAGCAAAAUUCUACUUGAAUAUGUAUAUGUCAGUUCUUUUGCAUCAUGCCUUGGAACAGAAUGACAAUCUUU